AUGUCAAAUACACUCCUUCUUAUUAUAAUCACUGUAUUUCUACUUCCAAUCAAUCCGACAAUCAGUUUCAAUGCAAAAAAUUUAUUCUGUGAAUCCUGUAAAGCAUUCAUAGAACAAUUAAAUCAAGAAUUAACAACCGUUAUUUACAAAGCUUAUAAUUAUGUAAAUGGUUUUUGUGCUGAAUUAUUUGAAAAUGGCACAGAAAUAGCUAAUUGUGAAGCAAUAUGCUAUCGUCUAAUUAAUAAAUCACAAUUGUAUUUGGCUAAUAAAAUUAAUUCAAAUGUCGCAUGUAAUGUUAUCAAUGUUUGUUAA